AUGAGCUUGAAUUCGGCCCAGGCCUAUGUCCAGUCACGUUUCCACCGCUGGCUCUGUCCAAGUCCUAACAAUGUGAAUUACUGCUACAACGGUGGUACGUGUAAAGUACUCAGUUAUGACGGUGACAGGAUGGAAUACUCGUGCGACUGCCCUGAGGGUUACUACGGCGAACGAUGCCGAUACACUGAACAAUCAUCUGCUCCAGUCACUGAUCCAGACACCAACAACACCAUCGUCAUUGCUGUUGUUAUUCUUACUGUCUUGUUGAUAAUUGCGUUGUUAUUGGCCGCUGCAAUGCACUCGCGUCGACCCCCAAGGAGCGAGACUGUCGCUGAACCACCGAAUAUCGAAGUACAGACAUCCAGGCGGCACAGACACAGUUCCAGUUCAUCGAGUUCUUCUGUAUAA